AUGAGUUCCUAUAUUCUAGUAGAACAUACUCUUAAGGAGAUCCUUCUACUGAUCAAUCCUACGAGGGACGACUGGGGAAUGAGAUUUCAUAUCAUUGAAGACGUUCGAGCCGCUGUCCAGAGUGUCGAAAGUCUAAGAGGUGCAACAGUGGAACCAUUUGGAUCAUUUAUAUCUAAUCUAUUUACAAGAUGGGGAGAUUUGGAUAUAUCCAUAGAGAUAUUGACUAAUUCCUUUAUUUCGAAUAUGACUAAGAAGGAGAAGCAGAACUAUUUGAAAGAUGUUCUAAAAGCUCUUAGAAGUAAAGGUGUGUGGCGUACGCUCACAUUCAUUGGUAAUGCUAGAGUACCUAUAUUAAAGUUGGAGCACAAUCUUCAGAAUAUCUCCUGUGAUAUUUCUAUUAAUAAUUUGCUCGGUCAAAUGAAGUCCAAGUUUCUGUUCUGGAUCAGUGAGAUUGAUGGGCGUUUUCGUGAUAUGGUUUUGCUAGUCAAGGAAUGGGCUAAAGCACAUGAUAUAAAUGACUCAAAGUCCGGGUCUUUGAAUUCAUAUUCUUUAUGUUUGUUGGUCAUCUUUCAUUUUCAGACGUGCGUACCUGCGAUUCUACCUCCACUUAAAGAUAUAUAUCCUGGAAAUUUGUCGCAUGAUCUUAAAGGCAUGAGAACUGUUGUAGAGAAACAUUUUGAGGAAACAUGUGUUUCAAACAUAAACAAAUUUCGAUGGGAUGAGUCAAGGCAAAUAAAUCAAAGCUCUUUAUCUACUCUGCUCAUUUCAUUUUUCGCGAAGUUUCGUGACAUCUAUAUGAGGGCCUCAAUCCAAGGCAUUAGCCCUUACUCUGGACAGUGGGAAGAUAUAGAGAGCAACAUGACAUGGCUACCAAGAACUUAUGUACUCUAUGUCGAGGAUCCGUUUGAGCAGCCUGUUAAUACUGCAAGGGGUGUAAUCGACAGACAUCUCGUAAGAAUAGCGGAUGCCAUUGGAAUGACCCACUCAGCACUUACCUUGCACAAUCAUAAUCAAAGUACUCUCUUUGCUGCGCUAAUUAGAGGAAACCGGUUACCAUAUAUGCCAAGAUCAUUACUAGUCAGAGAUUGGAAUAAUCCUAGAAAUCAUCAUCAACACAUAAAUGGAUCAAUAUCAUCCUUACCGCAUGCAUAUCCUCCUUACAACAUAAUGGUUAACCUCCAUCCCAACAAUGUGAACAUUUACCAACUAGCUCGACCAAAUUAUAACACACUCAUUAAUGUCUAUCCGAAUCAUGUGAACAUGAGACCACUUCAACCAAAUCAAAACAUACCGGUUAAUGUCAAUCUGAACCAUGCGAACAUGAAUAGACCAACUCAAGCAAAUCAAAACUUAGUGGUAAAUAUCAAUCCGAACCAUGUAAACAUUAACACACCAUUUCAACCCAAUCAUUAUCAAGCGCAACAAGUUUGGAGGGAGAGACCCAACAAUUGA